GACAGGGGCCAUUGUAGCGGACUGAGCGGCGGGCCGGAGGCGGCCCUAGCGCCCGGUCGCGCGCCAUGGCCCCCAUGGGCAUCCGCCUGUCCCCGCUGGGGGUGGCCGUGUUCUUCCUGCUGGGGCUCGGGGUGCUCUACCACCUCUACUCUGGCUUCCUGGCCGGCCUCUUCAGCCUGUUCGGCCUGGGCGGCGAGCCGGCGGCGGGCGGGGCGGCCGAGUUGGCCGGCGGGGACGGGGGCGCGGUGGACCUGCGCGAGAUGCUGGCCGUGGCGGUGCUGGCGGCUGAGCGCGGCGGCCAGGAGGUGAGGCGGGUCCGCGAGAGCAAUGUCCUCCACGAGAAGUCCAAGGGGAAGACGCGCGAGAGCGCCGAGGACAAGAUGACCAGCGGCGACGUGCUGUCCAACCGCAAGAUGUUCUACCUGCUCAAGACGGCUUUCCCCAACGUGCAGAUAAAUAGUGAGGAACAUGUGGAUGCAUCUGACAAGGAGGUCAUUGUAUGGAAUCGUAAGAUUCCUGAGGACAUCCUGAAGGAAAUAGUUGCUCCUAAAGAAGUCCCUGCGGAAAGCGUGACUGUCUGGAUUGACCCGCUUGAUGCUACCCAGGAGUACACGAAGGAUCUUCGGAAGUAUGUCACUACCAUGGUGUGUGUAGCUGUGAAUGACAAACCUGUGCUAGGAGUUAUUCACAAGCCGUUUUCUGAAUAUACAGCUUGGGCAAUGGUGGAUGGUGGUUCAAAUGUGAAAGUCCGCUCCUCCUACAAUGAGAAGACCCCAAAGAUCAUUGUGUCUCGCUCUCAGGCAGGGAUGGUCAAACAGGUUGCUUCACAGACCUUCGGAAAUCAGUCGUCAAUCAUCCCAGCUGGCGGUGCUGGUAAUAAAGUUUUAGCACUCUUGGAUGUGCCUGAUGUGAGCCAAGAAAGAGCAGAUCUGUAUAUUCAUGUGACAUACAUCAAAAAGUGGGAUAUAUGUGCUGGCAAUGCCAUUUUAAAAGCCCUUGGGGGGCAUAUGACCACUCUGAGUGGUGAAGAGAUCAGUUACACUGGGUCCGAUGGCAUUGAAGGGGGACUCCUUGCUAGCAUUAAAAUGAAUCAUCAAGCCCUGGUCAGAAAACUCCCGGAUUUAGAAAAGUCAGGACAUCAAUAAGCAUUUUUAAGCACAGGGUGCAACUCCGUGAAUUAUUCGGCCUGAACUUUCGGAAGCUUCAAAGGACUGGUGGAGACUAUGCAUGGUUAAGGCCGUCCUGAACUUAGGAAGUACUUAUGAAGCAUCAGAGACUUACUUUCCCUGAAAUAGAAUGUAAAAUCAGGGAAAUUAGGUUGCUUCAUUUCUCAAGUAUUGUCUUUAUUUUUGAGACUAUUUUCAUACAGUUGUCAUACACAAGGCACACACACAUAUAUAUGUAUGUAUAUAUAUAUAUAUUUGUGUAUUAAAAUCUAUAGCUAGUUUACACUGUUAUGAGUCACCAUUUUCACUCAACAAAUGAUGAGUCUACACUGUUGAGAAUUUCGUAUAGAAUU